CGUCUUUAAGGGAGUAGUAGCUUGAGCUUCAUGUGAGAAGUAAAGAGAAGAGAAGAGAAGAUCACAGAGGAGCUCCAGAGCUCCAGUCUUUCAAGGAUUCGCCUUAAAGGCGUCCCACAUUUCUCAUUUAUUUCAUUACUUUUUUUCUCUGAACACACACCCGUUGCUGGAGAAGGACCUAACAGCCGGCGAAUCUAUUAUUACUUGCGUUUGCAAUUUAUUUGAAUUCCCCCACGAUGAGUGGAGCGACUUACGACAGGAAGCUAUCCGGCAUUUCUGCUGAUCUCUCCGGCUCUAUGAGCUGCCACCCGGGCUCCAAGGACUCUCCUACACUGCCUGAGUCCUCAGCCACGGACAUGGGGUACUACACAGCGCACCAAGGCCACCAUGAUUACUACACGGGUCAGGCGUACGCGCAGGGGCCGCACAACGCGUCUUACCACCAGUUUAACGUGUGCGCAAUGAGCAGCGUGUCUCCCUACGGCGCCAAGGCCGAGUACCCUUACAGCAACGCGUACCGACACCAGUACGGCCAGUACACCAGAGACGGACACACACCGCCCCAACACGCAGUAAAAGAGGAGCCGGAGACUGAAGUUCGGAUGGUGAACGGAAAACCCAAGAAAGUGCGCAAACCGCGCACCAUCUACUCCAGUUACCAGCUCGCGGCGCUGCAGCGGCGCUUCCAGAAGGCGCAGUACCUCGCGCUCCCUGAGAGAGCUGAACUCGCCGCACAACUCGGCUUAACACAAACACAGGUGAAAAUCUGGUUCCAGAACCGGAGGUCCAAAUUCAAGAAGCUCUACAAGAACGGCGAGAUCCCGCACAGCCCGAACGCCAGCGACUCGAUGUCGUGCAACUCGCCGCCGUCGCCCGCGCUCUGGGACGCCGGCGCGCACGCGAACCCGGUCGUGCGCGGUCACGUGACGCCGGUGGCGCUCAGCUCGUCGACGCCGCCCUACCCGGAAGACUACAGCAGCGCGUGGUACCAGCAGCACGCCGGACCUCCGCAAAGCGUCUACUGACACCAACAGACUUUUCUAUUCUUCUAUUUUUAUUUUUCACUCCCCCAAGAGUUUAAUAUAAAAACACACGGAAAAAAAAGAGAGACUGGACUGGACUAUUUUUAUAAUCUUGAUUCUGGCCUACACGAAGAUAAGCUGAAAGAGUGAGGGAGAGAAAGGCAAGAAAGAGAGAGAGAGAGAGAGAGAGAGAGAGAGAGAGAGAGAGAGAGAAAAGAACAUGCAUAAAAAGUUUUCUUCUGGAAAAAAAGGGACUGAUGAAAAGUAUCAGCGUGCAAAAACAAGAAGAAGAAAAGGAAGAGCAAGAAGAACACGUUGUUCCUCCUCUCGCGUAGGCAGAUUAUAUGGCGUGCUUUUAAAUUAUUUUACUUACUCAGUCUCUUUAUUCAUAUUGAUGUUUACGGAUAGACAUGUACAAAUAGACUAUUUGUUUGGUUUACAGGAGGAAAGAUUUAAUAAUCCCCAACGUGUGUGCACUUACCCAGCACACACACACACACACACACACACCAUCCAACCCAAUGUCACACCGCUUCAGAGACUCAGGACAUAAGUUAUAUCAGUUUGUACAAAAUAUGUAGCUGUGUAUAUGUAUAUAUAUACAUGUAUAUGUAUGUGUGUGCGCGCGCGUGCGCGUGCGAGUGUUUGCGUGCGUGCAUGAGCGAGUGAGUGAAUAAAACAGAACCACUAAACGAUAUUGUUUAUAAACCCCCGCGUUUUUAUAGAAGAUUUUUUUCUCUAGUGCUUUUAUUGUAAUGUUGUUACAGAAUGAAUAAAUCCAAAUCUGAUCUCA